AUGUAUUCUCUAAAGGGGCAUUCGAGGAGCGCUAGGAACGGGAAGCGAGACUGGAACGUUGUGUCCCAGGGACCUGCAGAUAGCCACAAUGCUCGCCAAGGACGCCAUCUCGUUCAGGCCGUCGUGCGCUUUGCCCUUCUAGAGCUUCCGAGAGUCCAUACGAAGCUUGGUUCCGAUGCCCACUUGUUGCAUGUGGCUGAAAAGCUCCUGCUCCAUGGACUCGAAGGAGGGUCAGUGCGCCAGAACUGUUCUGCACCUGAAGUUGACCCGGGUUCCGUGGCUAUUGCAGAAGGAGACCCUGGACCAGCCUGCGAGGUUCAUCCCAAUAGCGGCGAAAUGGUGGUCGAAGUCAGGUCGCGGGGCGUGAUUGGAAUCGAACCGCCAUGCAUUCAACGCCAUCGACAUGGUACUGGUCCCCAAUAG